UGCGCGCGCACAGCCUCCCAGGGCGCCGGCGGGAAGGGACGCGGCGGGUAAGCGAGGCCUGCGUCCCGUCCGUGUUUCUCACAGGGUUUGCAACUCCCUCGCGUCCGCCUCUCGGGACCGGGAAGGGUAGAAGCAGAUAAUAAGCAACAGUCUCUUUAAUUAACUGGUACUCAUCAUGUCUGAGGAGUGUGUCAAGGCUGGUGAUAGUUCAUUUUCCUCUGAUAAACAUGCCCAGCUCAUCUUGGCCCAGAUCAACAAAAUGAGAAAUGGACAGCAUUUCUGUGAUGUCCAGCUAGAGGUUGGGAAGGAAACCUUUCGUGUCCACCGGCUGGUUCUGGCUGCCAGUAGUCCGUACUUCGCAGCUUUGUUCACUGGAGGGAUGAAAGAGUCCUCCAAAGAUGUUAUUCAGAUUCUAGGAGUUGGAGCUGAUAUCUUUCAGUUACUGUUGGAUUUCAUUUACACAGGAGUAGUAAACAUAGCUGUGAAUAAUGUUCAGGAGUUGAUUGUUGCAGCAGACAUGCUCCAGUUGACCGAAGUUGUUCAUCUUUGCUGUGAUUUUCUAAAAGGACAAAUUGAUCCACAGAACUGCAUUGGACUCUUCCAGUUCUCUGAGCAAAUUGCUUGCCAUGAUCUUUUGGAAUUUACAGAAAAUUAUAUUCAUGUCCAUUUCUUGGAGGUUCAUAGUGGGGAAGAGUUCCUGGCACUUACAAAGGAUCAGUUGAUCAAAAUUUUACGAAGUGAAGAGCUUAGCAUUGAGGAUGAAUACCAAGUCUUCUUAGCUGCGAUGCAGUGGAUUCUGAAAGAUCUGGGGAAGAGAAGAAAGUAUGUGGUGGAAGUGUUAGACCCAGUUCGAUUCCCUUUGUUACCAUCCCACAGGCUUUUGAAGUACUUAGAAGGAGUAUCUGAUUUUAACCUUCGAGUUGCCCUGCAAACGCUUUUGAAAGAGUACUGUGAGGUCUGCAAGUCUCCCAAAGAGAACAAGUUUUGUAAUUUUCUGCAGACAUCUAAAGUUCGACCUCGGAAGAAAGCAAGAAAGUACCUGUAUGCAGUAGGUGGAUAUACGAGGUUGCAAGGGGGCCGCUGGAGUGAUUGCAGAGCCCUCAGCUGUGUAGAACGUUUUGAUACCUUUAGCCAGUAUUGGACCACUGUAUCUUCACUUCAUCAGGCUCGGUGUGGACUUGGAGUAGUGGUUUUGGGAGGGAUAGUCUACGCUAUUGGAGGUGAAAAGGAUUCGAUGAUUUUUGACUGUACUGAAUGUUAUGAUCCAGUUACUAAACAAUGGACAAUUGUUGCUUCAAUGAAUCACCCCCGAUGUGGCUUGGGAGUAUGUGUGUGUUACGGGGCUAUCUAUGCUUUGGGUGGGUGGGUUGGAGGUGAGAUUGGCAACACCAUCGAACGAUACGAUCCUGAUGAAAAUAAAUGGGAAGUUGUUGGCAACAUGGGAGUGUCUCGGUACUACUUUGGGUGCUGUGAAAUGCAAGGUUUAAUUUAUAUAGUUGGAGGAAUCAACAAUGAGGGGCUAGAGCUUCAUUCUUUCGAAGUUUAUGAUCCGCUUUCCAAGCGUUGGUCUCCACUUCCUCCCAUGGGGACCAGAAGAGCGUAUCUUGGAGUGGCAGCACUCAAUGAUAGCAUCUAUGCUAUUGGAGGAUGGAAUGAGACACAAGAUGUUCUUCAUACUGUAGAAAAGUACUCCUUUGAAGAGGAAAAGUGGGUUGAAGUUGCUUCAAUGAAAGUGCCUAGAGCAGGCAUGUCCGUUGCGACAGUCAAUGGUCUUCUGUAUGUUUCCGGAGGCCGAUCUUUUAGCCAUGAUUUCUUGGCACCAGGUACCUUGGACUCAGUUGAAGUUUACAACCCUCAUUCUGAUACAUGGACAGAAAUUGGUAAUAUGAUCACUAGUCGUUGUGACGCGGGUAUUGCUGUACUAUGACAGAGAAAGCAUAAAAGCACAAGAAACAUUUUGAAAAUGUAGGUUCUCAUCUUUUGCAAAUCAAACAUAUAUUUGUGAUGUGAUCUGAUUUUUUUUUAAUAUUCCAUGUAUUGAAUAGAUAGAUGAAUAAAGAUUGAUUUUUCUAAAAAUUUGAAUUAGAAUGGACAUGGAAUAUGUCUUACAUUAAUAAAGGACUCAUACAAAUUUGCAAGGCUUAGCAGCAAUAGAGAUGGUAUUUAUGCCUUACAGUUGUUCAGUAUCAGUAGAAUCUUAAUUGAAAAAUUGUUUGCUAGGAGCUUCUGGGAAACAGUUCCUUUGACUAUUUCUUUAGUGCAAUUCAAGUUGUAACAUAAUCUCCGUUAGACAGUUUAAAGAUUUCUAUAAUUCACGAUUUGGUCCAGAACAUAGUUUCUGUAAUGUCAUUUAACCUACAGGGAAAAACCAGUGAAACUGUCCCUCAAUGGCAGGAGUUUUCACUACUCCCAAAUAUUUUUUUGGCAGCAGGAUAUUAGGAAGGCCUUUUUUUUUUUGUUUUUGUUUUUGUUUUUGUUUUUGUUUUAAGCCAGGGUUUCUCUGUGUAGCCCUGGCUGUCCUGAACUCACCUUGUAGUGCACAGAGAUCCGCCUGCCAAGUGUUGGGAUUAAAGGCAUAUGCCACCACACCCAGCUAAUAGCUAAAUUUUGUUUUAUUUUUAAAUUACGAGGACUCUAUCUGCAUGUACACCUGCACACCAGAAGAGGGCAACAGAUCCCUUUAUAGAUGGUGAACUACCAUAUGGUUGCUGAAUUGAACUCGGGAUCUGUGGAAGAGUAGCCAGUGCUCCUAACCACUGAGCCACAUCUCCAGCCUUUUUAUUUUUUCAGACAGGGUCUCUCCAUGUAGCUCUAGCUGUUGUGGAACUUUCUACAUAGAGAUCUGUCUGCCCCUGCCUCCCAAGUGCUGGGAUUAAAAGCCUGUGCCACUAUGCCCAACAAUAUCUACCCAUUGAAAUAGGUACAUUUAUGCUUUUGAUAGUCUAAGUGAAUAUUUCAUUUUGAUUCUGAGAAUGCAAGUAAGGAAUUAAUAGGUUCUUGGUGAAAGUUCAUUUUUUAAAAGUAGUUUUACUUAUUUUUAUUUAUAUGGAUGUGUCUCUGCAUGUGUACCAUGUGUAUACAGGCGCCUGGGGAGGCCAGAAGACUCUAGUAUCCCCUGGAACUGGAGUUACAGGAGCUUAUGAGCUGCCUGAUAUGGUUGUUGGGAACUGAACCAUAGGUCCUUAGAAAGAGUGGCAAGUGCUCUUAACUUCUGCGCCACCUCUUUAGUGUCUCUGAUGACAGUUAUUUUUAAAAAUAUGUGUGUGAGUGCUUUAUCUGUAGUUUUAUCUGGGAUCUGGAAUUACAGAUGUUUGAACUGCCAUGUGGGUGCUGGGGUCCUCUGGAAGAACAGCCAGUGCUCCUGACCGCUGAUCCAUCUCUCCAGCUCCUUGAUGACAGUUUUUUGUUUUUGUUUUGUUUUGUUUUUGUUGUUUCUUUGUUUUUGAUUUGGUUUUGGUUUUGGUUUUUUGAGAGAGGGUUUCUCUGUGUAGCCCUGGCUUUCCUGAACUCAGUUUGUAGACCAGGCUGGCCUUGAAUUCACAGAGACCCACCAGCCUCCACCUCCCAGAGUGCUGGGAUUACAGGUGUGCACCACCGCUCCUGGCUUGAUUGAAAUAGUAGGGAGUGUAUAUGAGUCCCCAGGCAUUAUUACUUCACUGUUUCUUUAUUAUUUUCUAUGCAGUAACUGGGAUUCUUUGUUUAGUUUUAGGAAGAGUGACUUUUGUUAGAUUAUCAAACUUUGUUUAAUUUACUUGUAUUUGGGUAAGGCCUAUGUAAUAGCUUAAUAUAAUGCUUCUGCCUGCCUAUUGGAAAACGCCGAGUUGUAGUUACAACUUCUGUUUGUUUGGUGGUGGUGGUGGUGGUUUUGAUUGUCUUUUUUUUUUUUUUUUUUUUUUUUUUUUUUGAGACAGUCUAAAUAUGUUGCCCAGGUUAUCAUUGAACUCUCAACAAUCUUCCCACUUCAGCCUUCCAAGUGCUGGGAUAACAGGCAUGAGCCACCAUAUUUGGCCCUGUAGGUAUAGUUUUGAGCAUCCUUAAUCUGAAAUCUGAAGUUUUUGAAUGCUGACAUCCAAUUAAAAAAAAAAAAAGUUUGAGAUUUUGGAUCAUUUUAGAUCUCCGAUUUUCAGACUGGGGAUGCUCAGCUGAUAAAUGCUACAUACAUAUUUUAAAAUCUGGUGAUUCUGAAGUCCAAAACGCUUCUAGUCCCAAGCAUUUCAUAUCUUUAUCAGGGAUUUCGCCUAUACAUGUGGAAUUUUUCUUUUUAAAGAUUUAUUAUGUAUACAGUGUUCUGUCUGCAUGUACACCUGCAUGACAGAAGAGGGCACUAGAUCUCAUUCUAGGUGGUUGUGACCCACCAUGUAGUUGCUGGGAAUUGAACUCAGAAGCUAUCUGGAAGAGCAGCCAGUGCUCUUAACCUCUGAGCCAUCUCUCCAGCCCAUGGAAUUAUUUUUAUACGUGAAAAUUGUGUAAGUUAUAACUAUCUUGGAUCUAAAACUGCUUCUAAAAACUUGCUUUCCCUGAUAAUCAUUCUUAAAAGUUGUUUUAUGCGGAGCUCUUAAGUCUGAUCACUGCUUUUAUAUCUGCUAGCCAGUUAGAACCACACUAUUGAGGUUUGCAUACUUUAGGUUUAACUGGCUGCCUCAAGGUUAUGAUUUCUCUCUUUUGUGUAAACUAAGGUCUUUCAGUGGAUUGUUAGAAACAUCAACACUUUAAUUGUAUAAAAUCUUUGAUCAGCAUUAAACAUUAGUCAUACAGCCAUCUGUAGUGAGAUCUGGUGUGCAGGUACACAUGCGGGCAGAAUGCUAUAUAUAAUACAUAAAUAAUAAAUAAAUAAAUCUUUAAAAAAAAACAGAAGUUCCCUUAAAAGUUAACUAAAUGCAUAUUACUUCUCAGGUGAUAAACAUUGUUUUUCCAAGAAUGUACUAAUAAAGUCCUAUUUUCUUUUCUUUGAAUUAAUGUAGUUCAUCAGUGUAAUUGGAUUACCAAACCAUAAUGGGAAUAAUCUUUUGUUUUUAAUUUUUGUAAUGUACACAUUUAGUUAUAUAAUCAGAACUUAAUUAAAGCAGUUUCUCCAAAA